UCUCUCUCUCUCUCUCUUCUCAGUUUCGUAUCAAAUCGAGGGGUCAUGGGUUCGAUAAGUGGCGUCCACCCUCCUUUGUGGCGGUUGGUACUUGUGGUCGCUGGUGGUGUUAUCACGCACACGACGUUUGGAGCUACCUACUCAUACGGAAAUUUCGCUCCUUAUAUAGUGUCUUAUAUGAGAUACAAGAAAGUAGAGCCCGACCUUCAAUAUAAUGAAUCAGUAUGGAUUUUUGCUAUGGUGCUCCUGGGUCAAGGAACCACGGGAUUCAUAGGAGGGAUGUUAGAAAGAUUGAUUGGACCAAGGCUGACAACGCUUACAGGAUCCUGGAUAAUGAGUGGUGGUGUUCUGUUAACUUAUUUCAGCGUGAGUCACAGCUUCGCAUCCUGUCUCAUCACAUACGGUUUGAUAUUUGGUUUCGGAGUGGGUUUAGCCUAUCCAAUACCCAUGGGAUGCGCAAUGAGGUGGAUGCCUCACAGAAAAGGUUUCGUCGCCGGUUUUGUAGUGGCGGGUUACGGUGGUGGGGCCUUCAUUUUUAACCAAGUGAUCACAGGUUUUAUCAACCCAAGAAACCUCAGUCCUGAUAUCGAUCUGAAUGGGGAACAAAUUGUAUCUUUACAGGCUUUUGGACAAACUUUCAUUCAAGACGACCAGUUUCAUUCUUUAGUCGGGGCAUUUGCGUCCCUGUGUAAUGCGGGUGGCCGUAUCCUCUGGGGUGCCAUAGCUGAUAAAACUUCGUUCAGGAUCGCCCAGUUGGCUAUCACCACGUCGCUCACUUGUCUGUUUACAACGUUCAUACUCACGGAAUAUGCUGGGAAACCACUUUUCUUUAUCUGGGUUUGUUUGAUUUUCCUCACCUUCUCUGGAUCUUUCUCGACAUUUCCGUCUUACACGAUGCGCUGUUUCGGGGAACGGUAUUAUGCGAUAAACUACGGACUACUCUUCACGUCUCAGGCCAUGACAGCGAUUAUUGGAUCACUACUCUCAGAAACUCUCCUUCCGUUAAUCGGUUGGAUGGGUUUAUUUUUCGUUGCAGCAGUGAUAUCGGCAUGUGCAAUAGUCAUAGCAUAUAAAUUUAAAGAAACGCCUUCAUAGAACAAGAAAAGGAAGCAGCAACAAUUACUACAAUAACUGCAAUCACUACUACAACAAAAGUAGAGAAUUUUUCGUAUUUUAUAUAAUUUUUAUACAAUAUUUUUUCGGAUUUUUUAUAAAAAAAUG